AUGGAGCGAGGGGUCGAGAAGAAAUUGCAAGACCUCAAUUUGUCAUUUUCGGAGAUUGUGGUCGCGAAGGUCCUUCGAAUAGUGCGACGUUUCCCUUCAAAGGCACUGGCUUUCUUCCGGUGGGCGGGGCAGAGGCCGGGGUACAAGCACGGGUCGGUGGCGUACAACGCUAUGGCUCGGGUUCUUGGAAGGGAGGAUUCCAUUGGAGAAUUCUGGAGCUUGGUUCGGGAGAUGAAGGGCGAAGGGCAUGAGAUGGAUGUGGACACGUAUGUAAAGCUCUCGAGGCGGUUUCAGAAGACUAUGAUGAUGAGGGAAGCAGUGGAGCUCUAUGAGCUCAUGAUGGAUGGCCCCUACAAGCCGGCAAUUCAGGACUGCGGUGUGCUUCUGAGGCGGAUUGCUCGGAGUGGAAUGCUGGACCUUGAGUUAGUUUUUAGAGUUGUGAGGAAGUAUGAAGUUGCUGGGUAUUCACUCUCGAAGGUCCUCUAUGAUGGGAUUCAUCGGUCGCUGACCAGCAUUGGGAGGUUUGCCGAAGCUGAGGAGAUCUUGAAGAGGAUGAAGCUUGCAGGUUAUGAACCGGAUAGCAUCACUUAUAGCCAUUUGGUCUAUGGACUCUGCAAGGUUAAGAGAUUGAAUGAGGCUUGCAAGGUUUUGGACAACAUGGAAGCUGAUGGUUGCGUUCCCGACCUUAUGACUUGGACUGCUUUGAUUCAAGGGCAUUGUUCGAUAGGUGAGGUCGAUGAGGCCUUAGAGUUAUUGACAAAGAUGAUUGAAAGAAAUUAUGAAGCAGAUGCUGAUGUUCUGGAUGUCUUGGUGAAAGGUUUGUGUAGUAAGAGAAGGGUGGAUAGUGCCUACACUUUAGUUGUUGAAAUGAUGAACACCCAUGUAAGGCCAUGGCAGGCUACCUUUAAGUAUUUGAUCCAAGAACUACUGAGUGUAAGAAUGCUUGAAGAGGCAUUGAAGGUUCUCAAUUCAAUGAAGAGCCAUAGGUUUCCUCCUUUCGCAGACCCUUUUCCUCCCUAUAUAGCCAAGUAUGGGACAAUUGAGGAUGCUAGGGAUUUUCUGAAUGCAUUAACAGUGAACAACUACCCGUCAUCUAUGACCUAUUUACACGUCUUCAAGUCCUUCCUCCAAGAAGGCAGGUAUUCUGAGGCUCAAGAUUUACUUUCUAAAUGCCCUCGCUAUAUCUGUGAGCAUGGUGAGAUCUCUAAGCUCUUCAGUUCUAUUAAAGCUGGGAAUGCUGCUUGAGUUUACUUGUCCAACAACUCAUGAAGGCCUUGGGAAUGCCAAUUUUAGGCCUUGAUGGAUUGUCAUUGUCAUGCACGAUGAUAUGAUCAGACUAAUGUUACAGUCUAUCUUUACCUGGUAUUUUUUUUGUGAAUAGUGGAUGAGUUUGUAGCUGUUUAAACUGUUUUUUAUGCAAAAUCCGGAUACACUUUUCAUACA